UGAGGGCUUCCUUGCGGCGAUCCUUCUCUACAGCUGUUGCUGCAGGCUGAGCUGGGCAGUGCAGCUUUCCCGCGGAGCACUUGGGAGGCUGGGAUCUUGGUGCCUGGCAUGAAGUUGCUCUCCAACUUGACACCUCAUCUUUUGACCAGCUCUGUUGUUUCGAUCUGUCGCCUCCUCAGCCUGUCUUGAACAGAAGGACAAAGGAGGGCGGUGCCACACCAGAGCGGCAACGACGCGACCGCACGACCCCUUCUCUCUGGAGCUAGCGCCAAGGAUUACGACAGCAGGCCCCGCAACUUCGGAGACGGUGGACAUUGCACCAACAAACGCUCUCCUCCCGCAGAUCGUCACGGCAUUCGAGAGCGCGGACGACGGGGCCUUCAGAACGAAUGCACAAUGCGGCUCGAUGAGCUGCCAGCGACGCUGCUGGUCCUGCUGUCAGCACCCAUAGCUCACGCCUUCUAUUUACCAGGCAUAACACCGACCAACUACAAACAUGGCGACCAAGUCCCACUCACCGUAAACCACCUCUCGCCCUCCCAAUCGCAACGCGACAACUCCGUCAAAUCGGCCUUCUCCUACGACUACUACCACCCCAACUUCCACUUCUGCCAGCCAAAAGAUGGACCACAACAUAUCUCCGAAUCGCUGGGAAGCAUCCUCUUUGGCGACAGGAUCCUCACUUCGCCUUUCAAACUGCGCAUGGAAGUAGAAGAGACGUGUCAAGCCGUCUGCGACGAAGUCGAAUUCGACCACCAAGAUGCCAAAUUCGUGAAUCGCAGAAUUCAGCAAGAUUAUAUCGUGAACUGGCUGAUCGACGGCUUACCGGCUGCGCAAGCAUACCGAGAUCCCAAUACGGAUUCGGAAUUCUAUCAGCCGGGUUUUGUGCUGGGAGAUGUGGUAGAAGGGAAACCGCAGUUGAAUAAUCAUUAUGAUAUCUAUAUCGAUUAUCAUGCUGUAAGAAAGAACGAAUACAGAGUUGUGGGGAUUCUAGUUGAACCUUCUUCGCGGAAGGGAUCGAGGAGGAUUGGCAAGGGAGAGGAUAUGAAAGCAGAUUGCGAUCCGAGUAAAGGAGCGGUUGUGCUUUCGGAUAAGGAAGGCGCGAAGACGAAGGUUACCUGGACGUACAGCGUGCAUUGGAGGGCUUCGACGACUUCGUUUGCGACGCGAUGGGACAAGUAUUUGCAUGUUUUUGAUCCGAAGAUCCAUUGGUUUUCGUUGAUCAAUAGUGCGGUUAUUGUCUUCUUUUUGACUGGCAUGGUCAGCACUAUUCUCGCCAGGACGUUGAAGAAGGAUAUUCAGCGGUACAACAGACUGGAUCAGAUCAAUCUGGACGAUCUGAACGAUAAUGGUGUGGAUGAUGGGGAUAUGCACGACGAUAGUGGCUGGAAAUUGGUCCAUGGAGAUGUGUUUCGCCCGCCGAAGCACGCGCUUGCGUUGUCUGUUCUGGUUGGAAAUGGAGCGCAGCUGUUCAUGAUGGCUGGCUUUACGAUCGUGUUCGCGGUCGUUGGAUUCCUCUCGCCGAGCAACCGCGGUAGUCUUGCGACCAUGAUGAUCCUGCUCUACACAAUCUUUGGCUGCGUGGGAGGCUAUGCUGGCGCAAGAGUCUACAAGUCCUUUGGCGGCGACAAGUGGAAGCAGCUGUUCGUGCUCAUACCUUCGGCUGUUCCGAUCGUGGUGUUCGGCAUCUUCUUCCUGCUCAACCUCUUCGUCUGGGCAAGGCAAUCCUCUGGAGCGGUGCCAUUCACAACCAUGCUCGUUAUUGUCGGCAUCUGGUUUGUGAUCUCUGUCCCACUGUCGGUAGUGGGCUCGUGGUUCGGAUUCCGUCAACCUAUGGCCGACGCACCUGUCCGCACGAACCAGAUCCCGCGACAAAUCCCACCCAGCAAAGGAUACAUGAGACUGGUGCCGAGCAUGUUCCUGGUCGGAGUACUUCCUUUCGGCGCCAUCUUCGUCGAAUUGUACUUCAUCAUGAACUCGCUCUGGAGCAAUCGGGUCUACUACAUGUUCGGAUUCCUUUUCCUGAGCUUCGGAUUACUGAUUGUGACAUCUUCCGCUGUCACAAUCCUCAUGAUAUAUUUCUUGCUCUGUGCGGAAAACUAUCACUGGCAAUGGAGGGCUUUUGCUAGCAGUGGAGCUAGCGCGGGAUACGUCUUUGCGUACAGCUUGCUGUAUUGGGCGAGAAUGUUGAGCUUCAGCAGUUUUACGGGGAGUCUGCUGUAUCUGGGCUACUCGUUUGUGCUGAGCUUUCUGUGGUUUUUGCUGAGUGGCUCCAUCGGCUUCUUUGCAUGCUGGGUGUUUGUGCAUCGCAUCUACGCGUCACUCAAGAUCGAUUAAGCAGUACCUCUACAGAAUGCAGUUGUAGAUGUAUGACUGUAGAAUCAACAUGUAUCACAAGUCCACAAAGAGGUGUUCUCCAUGGCGUACGUAUUUCAUUUUAUGGCGUGACGUGAGGAAACUCAGAUAUACUUUCUACGAUCGCCAGAUUGCGGCUGAUGGACGUAUUGCGGCUCAAAGGAGCCGCUAGAGCUACGAUCAGCUGCGAUGUGGAAGACAGAGAGCUGGGU